CUCAGCCAACCGCGAAAUCGGCUCUUUGGGCUAUGAUGCGGCAAACUGGAUCUGCAAUGGCCGAGGCGCUCAAGGGUAGUAUGAAGAUGAUAUAUAAAGCUACUGAUGGCUUCGUUACUCGCCUACCAUCACCCACAUCCUCAAAAUUACUCAAAAUUUAUAAGCUUCACUUUCCCUUGAAUCACAAUGUCACCCAUCGCACUCCAAAGAAGCCAUUCCAUUGCUACAAUCGGCGCUGACGGAAUCGGACCCGAAGUAAUCGAUGCUGCUGUCCAGGUACUAAAGAAACUCGCCCAACUCGACGGCUCCUUCGAACUUGCUUUCGAAAACUACGACUGGAGCUCAGAAACGUACAAGAAGACGGGAAAGUACAUUCCCGAUGGCGGAUUGGAAAAGUUGAAGAAGCAUGACGCAAUUCUUUUCGGUGCUGUUGGUGCACCUGAUGUUCCUGAUCACAUCUCACUUUGGGGUCUUCGUCUCGCCAUAUGCCAACCCUUCCAGCAAUUCGCCAACGUCCGCCCUACUAAGAUUUUCCGAGGCACUGAAUCGCCUCUUCGAAAAGCGCAACCUGGUGAUCUUGACUGGGUGAUUGUCCGCGAGAACUCCGAGGGUGAAUAUGCUGGGCAAGGUGGCCGCUCACACCGAGGGCUACCAUGGGAGACGGCGACGGAAGUGUCCAUCUACACGCGUCAUUGCGUGGAGAGGUUGAUGCGCUUCGCUUUCGAGACGGCGCAGAAGAGGCCUAGGAAGUUUAUUACCGUCGUGACGAAGAGUAACGCGCAAAGAAAUGGCAUGGUGAUGUGGGAUGAAAUUGCCGUGGAGGUUGCGAAGGAGUUCCCGGACGUGAAGUGGGACAAGAUGCUUGUCGAUGCCAUGACGUGCCGGAUGGUUCUGGACCCGAAGUCGCUCGAUACAAUUGUUGCUACGAACUUGCAAGCAGAUAUUCUUUCUGACCUAGCUGCCGCCCUUGCGGGUUCCAUCGGCAUUGCACCCACGUCCAACCUCGAUCCCACACGCCAAAACCCCUCCAUGUUCGAACCGAUCCAUGGAUCAGCUUUCGACAUCACAGGAAAGGGCGUCGCUAAUCCAGUAGCAACUUUCUGGACGGCCUCGGAGAUGUUGAUCUGGCUCGGUGAAGACGAUGCUGCGAAAAAGAUGAUGGAUGCUGUUGAGGCGGUCACGGAGCGUGGAGUUAGGACUAAGGAUCUCGGCGGAAACGCAACGACGAAAGAGGUAACAAAUGCGGUGUGUGAGGAACUCAAGACCAUGUUUGGGGCUGCGACAGCAAAGAAGGUGUAAUUGUCUAACACCGCUAGCAGAGCAAUGAGGUCUUGUUGGCAGACGUCACACCUUGAUCAAUAUGUCAAUCCGGGCAACCCGUCGAUAGGCAUUGUCUAUAUUACGUUGUUCUUAGAGAG